UGUGUAUUUAUUACAGCAGCAGGACCUUCAUCCCCCUGCAGUUCACCAGCCGAGCGCGUUCAUCAUGAGCAGACUAAUUCUCGCUGCAGGCCUUUGUCUAUGUCUUGGCACCUUGGUCUCGUCCACCAGACUGGUGUGUUAUUUUACUAACUGGGCCCAGUACAGACCAGGAAAUGGAAAAUUCAUGCCUACAGAUGUUAACCCACAGCUAUGUACUCACCUGAUUUACGCCUUUGCUAUUAUAAACGAUGUAAAUGAAUUGAUCACAUUCGAAUGGAAUGAUGACGUUCUCUACCAAUCAUUCAAUGGACUUAAAAAAAGCAAUCCUAAUCUGCGAACACUCUUGGCUGUUGGAGGUUGGAACUUUGGAACUCAAAAAUUUACUAAGGUAGUUUCAACGCAAGCCAACAGGAAUACAUUUAUCCAGUCAACUAUAAAACAACUCAGAAAAUAUGACUUUGAUGGUUUGGAUCUGGACUGGGAAUAUCCUGGAUCCAGAGGAAGCCCAGCAGAGGACAAGCAGAGGUUUACACUGUUGUGUAAGGAACUUCUUGAGGCCUAUGAGGCUGAAAGCACAGCGUCUGGAAAACCCAGAUUGAUGAUCUCUGCUGCUGUGGCUGCUGGGAAAGGAACUAUUGACAGUGGUUAUGAAAUUGCAGAGAUCGCAAAGUACUUGGACUUUAUAAAUGUGAUGACGUAUGACUUUCACGGCACCUGGGAGCAGGUGACUGGACAUAACAGCCCGCUGUACAAAGGACCACAGGACACUGGGGAUAACGUUUACUUUAACACUGACUUUGCCAUGAGGUACUGGCGGGACAAAGGAACACCUGUGGAAAAGCUAAAUAUGGGAUUUGCUACGUACGGACGGACAUUUAAACUUUCGAACGCUGCAUCCACCGGAGUUGGAGCACCGGCAUCUGGCCCCGCAUCUGCUGGUCAGUUUACAAGAGAGGCUGGAUUCUGGUCCUAUUAUGAGAUUUGUGACUUUCUUAAAGGGGCCACCGUCCAUGUGAUUGAGGAGCAAAAAGUCCCCUACGCUGUCAAACAAAAGGAGUGGGUUGGAUAUGACGAUAAGGACAGUUUUAAGACCAAGGUCCAGUAUCUAAAAAGCAAUGGUUUUGGUGGAGCCUUUGUUUGGACUUUGGACCUGGAUGACUUUAAAGGACAAUUCUGCGAUCUAGGAAAUUACCCUCUCAUCAGUCAUCUGCGGUCUCUUUUAGCUUCUGAUCUCCCUCCCCUUCCCACCGGAGAAACCCCAGGGACUACAUCUACAUCUACAUCUACAUCUACAUCUACAUCUACGUCUACAUCUGGAGAAAAAACAACCAAGCCCACUGAUGCCGCCCCUGUGUCUCCCUCAAACUUCUGUGCCACAAAGUCUGAUGGUCUCUAUGUGAAAACCGAUGAGCCAACCUCUUUUUACAACUGUGCCAAUGGAAUCACCUACAUCAUUAAGUGUCCCUCUGAUUUAGUGUUUAAGAAAAGCUGCGAUUGCUGUGAUUGGCCUUAAAAGUUGGCCCCACUGUCAUUUUUCUACAUGGUGAGCUCACAUGAUAAGAUUUAUAUGAAAUAAAUAAAUAAAUAUUUGUUCAAUCAGUGGCACCACAGAGAUUACUGAUGUCAUUUUUAACUGAUGUAAUCAGUUUACAUGUACACCACACACACACACACACACACAGGAAAACAAUUUGUGUGUUGUUCAUGUGACAGUGUAUUUGACCUAUUUGUUAGUGUAGAUAUAAAUAUAUCAGAAUAUCAAACCAAUUUAUCCUGUCUUGAUUAAUAAUAAUUUACAGCACAUUUGGUCAUUUAAAUUUAACCUUUUUUUUUGCAUUGUUGCUCAAUAGUACUUUUAUUGUGUAUCGUGUGAUACUACUAUACAUCAUAUAUGCUUUUCUUAUUGUAAAAUCGAAGGAUAACUACUGGGUACAAAGACAAAUGACAGAGAAAAAAAAAAGUAAAGUAAAAAAUGUCUGUCAACAAAUACGUAUGUUAUAACUGGUUAUACAUACCAACAACCUAAAGCGUGCGACAGAGAAAUGUGUCCUCUCUAUACUGCUGUGAACUCAGUAACACUGGUCUGAUACACAUGAAUAUUAUUUUAUUUUUUAUUGAAAUUGUAUUUUUAGCAGUGGCCGCUGCAGCAGUAGUAGUACCAGAAGUAGUAGGAGGGAUGUUUACUUUUUGGUCUUGCCUUUUAUAUUUAAUAUCAAAUGCUCGGAAGUGUCUCCUCAGGUUUUAAUUGUCAGUUAUAAAAUUUGUGAAUACUAAAAAAUAAAAUGACAAAAUAUU